CACACUGGAACAGGGAUGUUACGCAUGCGCACAUAUCAUUACUUGAAUACCAGGAAUGGAAUGUCAGAAGUAUUUGCUUAUGUCUAACGUGCAGUAGAUAAGAAUCGAAAUUACUUUCGUUGUAAUUUUUUCGUAGGUUGCAAUGAGAUUAAGGGCUGUAUGGAUUAUUGCUGUAAAUAAAGAAGUGUCUCUACCAUUAUUUUCACGACAAUUCUCAACAGUCGAGACAUGCUGCAAAUCAAUGUUUGGAGAUGAAUAUGUUGGCAUCCCUCCAGAUGAAUCAUUUGUGAAGGCUCUGCACACAGAAGUGGGCCUAAUAGAUGCAGGGACAUUUGUUGAAUCAAGAGACAGGUGCAACAAACCUGCUCUGUAUCCAACAUUAGAAGUCAGUUUGAAGGAGAACAAGAGUUUAUGGCCUGUUGUUGUGUUGGAGAACCACGGUUUGAUGUAUUGUGCUAUGCCACUGAUACCACAAGAAAUGGUCACACAGCAAGACAAAUCAGAUAUUUCAGUUGCUGACCUGCCUGGUAUCUCAAUGGCAGUGGAAGCACUCACUGGACUAAUCCAGUGUGUCUCACUAACUGCCAGUAUGACUUCAUUGACCCCAGCAUUGACACUGAAGCUCCAUCAGUUUGUGAACACAUGUAUGCCUUUUGGAAGUGUCAUGUGCUCAAAUCCAGCCCUCAUGUCACAGCUGAUUAAUCCCUUGGGCAAAGCAAAGGCCAAGCAACCAUUAUGGAAUCCAGUGCUGCACAAAGGCAAGUCACAAGUUGUUAUCCAUGUCAAGGAAGAAGUACGAUGCAUGCAGUUCAAUCACAGUGAAGUGAGAGAUGCAAUAGAUGUGUAUGGGUCUGUAAUUUGCAAAUCAGAGGUUGAGGGCACAGUCCCAGAGAUUUGCACCACACUUGUUCAGCCUGGCGGUAAUGGAGGACUGACAGUAAAUCCUGCUGUGUCCAGUGUUGAGUACACAACCACCACAUCACGAUUGAGGUUCCGACCAUGCAAUAACCAGCCACUUUGCCACUACACUUUGCCUCAUCUAACUGAGGCACCAAUCUAUGGGGCAUACAGAUUAAGGCUGAACAACAGUCUGGCAACAUUGUGUAUGCAGCUGCAACUUCGGGCUGGCAUAAAGAACAAUUUCCAACAGCUUGAGGUUCAGUUCCCCUUCCCUGGACUACAGGUGUCCAUCGUGAGGCCGAGUCCAUCAGUUGGGUCUGUCUCUGUACAGUCUGGGAGUACCCUGGUAUGGAACAUAGGCAGCAAAUUUCCUACCAAGUCACUAGGUGCCACACUGAAUGCUGUCUGCAAACUUCGAAGGAAGACCGAGUGUUCGUCUGAGCAGCAAAUUGAUGGAGGAGACGUGAAUGGAUGGGAACAGUACAUAAACUCUUGUGCACUGGUGCUAUUCAAGAUAGCAGACUACACAUAUAGUGGUACAAGAGUGGACCCACAAUCUAUUGUUGUUUCAACAGCACCCAAAGUUCGCUGUUCAGUGACGUCUGAAUGUGUGUCGAGCCAGUUCAAGGUGUGGAACAGUGAAGGAGAGGUGCCUGUUGUGGCAGAUAUGCCUGUGCAAGAGCUGCAGAACCUGCUCAUUAAGUAGCACAGACUAUGUGCUCGUCAUAGUAAUUAACAAAUACUGCUGUUCCAAAAGAGAUUAAAGAGCUGGUGUAUUGUCAUGUAUGAUGAACCAACUGGUUUCUAGAUUCAUAAAAACAUCUGGGACAUCCCUGUUUCAAUCUUGGCCUACACUGGCUGUCCCAUCUAAGGUUUUCCAUUAUUUUCCUUACUCUCUCCAGGCAAAAUGCCAGGAUAGCAGUUUAAAAAUCCUAUCAAACAUCCCAUUAUUCAUUGCCAUAUAAUUUGUGCUAUUGAAAGUAUUAAAUAAACCAUAAAUUAAUGAAUUCAUACAAAUAUUUUAUAGUUGUCACAGGUAUUCUUUAAUUUGAUUUUGAUUAGUCGGCAGGCAGAAAAAAUAAAUUAUUCUUCAUCAGUAUCAAUAAUGACAAGAAUGACAGGGAUUAUGUGAUAUGAAAAAUUAACAUUACAAUAAAUCAAUGAAACUGGAAACAAUAUAUGAAUAUACAAUUUCUGGAAAUAUUUAUAUGUGCAUAUGUAGGAUAAGGGCAGAUAUGAAAUUAUACAGUAUGUCAAAAACCUCUUCAAAUAUAUUUUCAAAUUAUUUACAAAUUUAAUUCAAUAAAUCUUUUGAAAUGUCA